GCAAAUUAGCUUGUUUGCCCUGUGCCCACCCACCCGAGUUGCUCUAAGACUAGCAUGUAGAGGGAAGUCACCCUAAGAGAAAUGGUACAUUACGGCCAAUUCUAUUAUAUCAACUCGUCUGUCUCGUAAAUGAAUCGCCGGGCUUAAAAACUAGCUCAAGUGUCUCUAAGAAAAUAAGUCCAGCAGCAGCAGCUCAGGCACAUAAUCAACUGGAUCCUUUCACAUGGCAUUUUUGUUUCAGAAAUUUCAAAAGGCUGUUAGUGCUCUUGCAAAGAGUUCAACAUUUGCCAAGGAUCCGAGGCAACUUCAGUUUGAAGCAGAUGUCAAUAAACUCUUCCUCUACACCAGCUAUAACUGCUUGGGAGAGAAUGCAGUUGAGAAGGAUGCGGAGGAGAUUAUCGAAUUGGCUGGCAAAGCGUCUCUAACUGAUCAGCAGAAACAAGUCCAAGAAAACAUCCAUUCUCACAUCAGAACCUUCUCCAAAUCAAUGGAUGACAUUCUGCUUCCGACGUCCAAGAGGUCAGAUGAGUCACUUAAUUCUUCAGUACAGGCAAAUGCAGUACCUCGUCGUAGUGGGCUCAGUCUUGCUGUUGGUGGAGUUGCAACUCCUUCUAACCAACCCGUUGUGCCUGAAACACAACCAUUAUUACGAGCUGAGCUGUCAAAAAGCUUAAAAAAGCAUAUGGGAUACACUCUUGAACUGAAACCAUCUCAAAUCUCCCACAAAGAAGCUGGCAGAGGUUUAUUUAUUGAUGGUGAAGCUGAAGUUGGAUCAGUGAUAGCCUUCUAUCCUGGUGUAGUGUAUUCGCCAGCUUAUUACCGUUACAUUCCGGGGUAUCCACGAGUUGAUGCUGAAAACCCAUAUUUGAUCACGAGAUAUGAUGGCACUGUGAUCAAUGCACAACCAUGGGGAGAAGGUGCGGAUUUGCGUGAACUAUGGGAUGGGUUAACUGUACCAGAAUUUCAUCUCAAUCUCUCACAAGGUGCUGACAAAGGUUCUGAUAGGAUGUGGAAGAUGCUUAGUAAGCCUUUAGAAGGUGGUAGAAGAGAAAUUGGAAUGGAGAUAUUGGAGCGACGAAACCCACUAGCAUUAGGCCAUUUUGCGAAUCACCCUGGGAAAGAUAUGGCCCCAAAUGUGAUGGUCUGCCCUUAUGAUUUUCCAUUAACUGAGAGGGAAAUGAGAACUUAUAUCCCGAAUAUAUUGUUUGGAAGAGACGAUGAACCUGUGAAGAUGAAGAGAUUUGGUUCUUUUUGGUUUAAAUCAAGGAGUUCCACUGAAAGUACAUCAGAUGUUCCUGUUCUGAAGUGUCUUGUUCUAGUGGCCACGAGGGCACUUCGCGAUGAAGAGGUCCUACUGAAUUACAGGCUAAGCAAUUCCAAGCGAAGGCCGGCGUGGUAUAUUCCCGUUGAUGAAGAGGAAGACCGGCGGAGGUGGAGCUAGAUGCAGCCUUUAUCGUGACAUAAAAGAGGUAAUGACUGGCUGUUUUUUAAAGAAGAGGUAGGUACUUAUCUCAGAGCUCAAUUUUCACCACUUCUUAUGAGCGAGACAGGACAGACGUUUUAUAUUGGUUGGUUUAAAUAGCGGCGAUGAUUACAUUAAUAUUCUCUUGGAGAAAAGAGAGGAAUAAAUUUUUUUGUGCCUUCUGGGUCUCAAUUGACAGUUAGGUGUAGUUCUUAAUUUUUCUGAUCACAGAGAACCAGAUGUAAACUAUGUUGUGACUUUGGAGUUUGUUGGUUCUUUUUCUGUUCGUUAAUUGUUUAUUAACCAUUUUUUUUCUUCGUA